UAAGUCAUAUAUAGUAAGUCAUAUAUAGUAAGUCAUAUAUAUUAAGUCAUAUAAGUCAUAUACAGUGUCAUGUACACGACCUAUUUGCCUUGGCAAGGAGUAUUUGAUGCAGUCUUUAACAAUUGACUAAGUGAAUCCGUAACUCUGCUGGUUUACCAAGUUGUUCAGAUAUAAUGUUGACUUAAUUCAAAUACCAGGUAGUGAAAAUUGUUUAGUGUGUACGACAUACAGUAUGUAAUAUAGUAUAGUAUUGUAUAGUAUUGUGUAGUAAUUUAGUAUGCAUUAACUAUGGUGUGCAUAUAGCCUUCCCCAUCAACCCACAGUAAAGUUAAACCCAUACCCAUCAUAGUUAGUACUUCCUAAACACUAAUAACAAUAAUAACCAUAGUUAAAAGUUUAUGUCAUUAGUAAUACGAGAGAGUAGCUUACGUCAUACUCGGUAUAUUGGAAUUUCAGGGUAUGGUCCAACAUCUCAUGUAAAUAUUUUACCCAAUAGAUGUAUACCACGAUCUCCAAUUAUACCAUUAAAAAGUAAUUCAAGUAUUCCAAUUAUAAAUUAUCCAAUAAUAACUUAUAUUGAUAAUUAUGAUUUAAUUAAGUAUGAAAAAUGUAUAACACAAUGGAAUAGUAGUCCUCCACCUAUUCAUAAACAAAAUUUAAUUAAUAAUAAUAAUAAUAAUAAUAAUAAUAAUAGUGAAAUUAAUCAACCUGAUAAAGAUAAUCAAAAGAAGAAGGCAAAUUUAGGUUCAGUUAUUGAUCAAUUAAAGGAACUAAUUCCAAAUAUUCUUCAUUCAUCUUUACCUAAAUCAUUAAUUUCAAAUGAUAUUCUGCUUAGAAUAUGUCCAACUCAUUUUAAUGAAGAUUAUUUACCAGCAUUAAAGGGUCAAACAACUUAUUAUGCAACUUGUAAAGCACUUCAAUUAAUUCUUACAUCAUUAGUAUUAAGUCCAAAAGUUAAACUUCAUAUUCAAUCUAUAAGAAUUUAUGAUGGAAAUGAUGCAUUAACUAUUAAUCCUCAAGCAAUGAAAAUUCAUGUAAGAUGGACAACAUGUGCUGAAGGUUGUGAACAUUUAUCUUCUGAUGAAGCUUAUCAUUCUACUUCAGAUGCAAAAUUAGGAUCUCAUAAAUGGUCUAAAUUGGAUACUAUGAAGAUAUUAGAUGAUCAUAAUAAUAAUAAUAAUAAUAAUAAUAAUAAUAAUAAUAAUAAUAAUAAUAAUAAUAAUGAACCUGUAGAUGUUGGCUCUGGCAGCCUAUCAAAAAAUUUACCUUCAAUAUCUAAGGCUUUAUCUCAAUUACCUACAGCUUUAAUAGGGUUAACUAAAGUUAAUAAUCGACUAGAAAGAGUAAUUACUGGUAUAUUCAUAUUUGAAUUAAAUGAUCAAAAUGAUAAAAUCAUUGUUCAUACUAUUGAAAAUGUCGAUAUAAUUGAACGUACAGAAACUGAAGGAGUUGAUGGAGAAUUAAGAGUUUGUUAAUUUGAAUAUCGUAUAUAAAAUUUCCUGUAAAUAGCAAAAGCAAAAUAAUACCAACCUAAUUAAUUAACUAAUGUAUAUAUGUAUAUAUUUAUAUUUAUAUUAACCAUCAUGAUUUCGUAAAUUCAUUAUAGU